UGUAGGCUGCGGGCAAAUAAAACGAAGGUAUAACUGGGUUCUUUAACGAGAUGCAGAUUUAGGAUAAAUUCGUUUUCAAUAUGAUUGUCUCUGCCUUGCUGGUGCUGGUUAUAUUGGAGCCUUCAUUUUCUGAAGGAUGUGGCAUGCGUCCUCCUUUCGCGCGGGUAAUCAACGGUGAAGAUGCUAGUCCUCAUUCUUGGCCCUGGCAGAUUUCUCUCCGCAACUCUCGAGGCGGACAUAUCUGUGGUGGAUCCCUAAUCAGACCAGACUGGGUGUUGACUGCAGCUCAUUGUGUGGACAGAAAUCCAGAUCCAAAUGCAUAUACAGUGGUUGUGGGUGCUCAUAUGCGAACUGGAAUGACGGAUGUGCAGCAGACGUUUCGGGUGAAGGCACUUUACAAACACAGUGGUUUUACCAUGAGGCAACUCAAACACGACAUUGCGCUGCUACACUUAGAGGAGAGUGCUCAGUUAAGCGAGAAAGUCACUACUGUCUGCCUUCCGGACAAAGAUGCAGAUUUGAAUUCCAAGUGUUACAUAACAGGAUGGGGUCGUACCCAUUUUGGAUCAGCAAAUACCCUACAACAAGCUAAGCUUCCACUUGCGUCGCACAGCGAUUGUAGGAAGAUUUGGCGCACACUUGACCGGAGCGCUCACUUGUGCGCUGGAGAGGGACGAGCCGGGGCUUCAGGAGGGUGUCAUGGAGACAGCGGAGGUCCUCUUGUAUGCGAAAUGGGAGGGAAAUGGUAUCUACAUGGUGCCGUCAGUUUUGGGAUGCGCGGCUGUCCAACAACCCAUUAUACAGUAUUUACAAGGAUCACCAGCUAUAUAUCCUGGAUAAACGAGAAAAUGGGAGAGGACACAGGAGGACCAAAUCCACCCCCACCCCCGCAGACACCUCCCCCUCCCCCACCGGCUGUAACGACAAGACCACCACGACCGCCUAACCCUGGAUGUAAAGACAAGUGGGGCGAAGAAUAUUGUCGCAAUCAUCGUCAUCUUUGCGGUUCCAUGCCAUUUUUGAAAAAUUAUUGCAAACGAACUUGCGGAGUAUGUUGAGACUAACGGAAGAAACUUCUGAGGAAAUACGAAGAUUUCAGUUGAAUGUAGUUUAUGACAAUAAACUUAAAGUAAAUUCUGGUGAACGUGA